AUGAUCAACAAACUUUCUUAGGAUUUACUCCAAAUUAACCACUUAUAAAAGAUGUAUAUUAAUGCUUAAAGUCAACUACUAAUUAUACUUUCCAAGUUAUUACUGGUAGAGAUAUUAAUGGUAUUAAUCCUCAAGUUUAUAAUUAAGCUAAAUUUGCUGAGGAAGCUGGCUUUGAAACUCAUCUUAUGUACAUCCCAUGCAUUAAUAAAGAUACUGAUGCCCAUCCAGAAUGCAGAGUUAGUGAUUAAGUAAACAAAUUCUUGGCUGCCACUUCGGAUAUCAAUUACUAAAUUAUUUGGAUUAAAAUUUCAGCUAAUGAUGACGAAAAAUGUAAAUGGACUAAUGAUAUCAAUUUCAAUUGCCAAAGAACAUAAGAUAUUGCUAACUAUUUAAAAGUCGCUUCUAAUAAAAAAAUUGGUUACUUUUCUACCUAAGAAGACUGGAUCAAAAUUUAUGGAGAUAAAUAUGGUUGUUCUGAAGCAUCAGAUUUAUAUAAUUUCUACCCUCUCUACUACAAAUAUUUAGAUGAUUAACCUAAUACUAAAGAGUUCUUAGAUCACAAAUUUGGAACUUUUGGACCUCAGGCCAUGA